GGUGGAUGCAACUAGAAAUGGAUUUUAGAAUACCGUGGAAUGAAUGAGCCAUCAACAUUUAGAAGAUAAUAUUGGUUAAAUGGAGAAAUACCUUCAGUUGCGCUUCCAGGAAUUUGUUCAAGAAAUUUCAUACAUAUAUGAUGAUGAUUGGAUAAUUUUUCAGCAGAUCAUUGGUUAUAUGGCUUUUAUAUGCAAAGUAACUUUUUAAUAAAAGGGAAAUCUCUUCCCCACUUUCGACGAUGGCCUCGUCGGUCGACCCGAUGGCUUGACAAUGGACAUCGGGAAGCACGGCCCCACGGGUGGUCCAAGCCUGCACAUCAAACACGACAUGAUGUACGCUCAUCAUCCGGGUAUGGGACCCGGACACGCGGCAGCUAACACACGACCUCACCACAGCCAGAUGGUACAUUCCGGUAUGGACGCGAUGGACUUGCUAGACCCUAUUUGUCCUUCUUCUCUCCCUCCGUUAUCCAUGCCGACAGAGAGCAGUGCCGUCAGUUCCCAUCCUCAACUUCACGGACCCAUUUACUCUCAUGGUAUGAACACUAUGAUGGCGACGCACCACCAUCCCCUUGCCCCUCAUCCUUCCAUGGGCAUGCACGAUGCGGACACCGAUCCUCGAGAACUCGAGGCUUUUGCCGAAAGAUUCAAACAGCGACGCAUCAAAUUGGGUGUCACACAAGCGGACGUCGGUAAAGCUCUGGCCAACCUUAAGUUACCGGGGGUUGGUUCACUUUCUCAGAGCACCAUCUGUAGGUUUGAAUCUCUUACUUUGUCCCAUAACAACAUGGUCGCCCUGAAACCCAUCCUCCAAGCUUGGUUAGAAGCGGCCGAAGCUCAGGCUAAAAACAAAAGAAGAGAGCCAGAUGGUCCAAGUGUUUUGCCUAGUGGGGAAAAGAAAAGAAAGAGAACGUCCAUAGCAGCUCCAGAAAAGCGAUCCCUCGAAGCUUAUUUCGCUGUGCAGCCACGACCAUCAGGAGAGAAGAUAGCAGCGAUAGCAGAGAAAUUAGACCUCAAGAAAAAUGUAGUUAGAGUUUGGUUCUGUAAUCAAAGGCAGAAACAGAAACGAAUGAAGUACUCUGCUCAGCAGCAUUAGCAUCAAUGUAAACAUACAAAACGCAAGGACAAUUUACAGACCUAUAAAAUACUUGAAUUAUUGCGUUGCUUCGCCUAGACCUGUGGAUCUUAACUCAUAUAUGGAGAGGGGGGAAGUUAAGUUUCACUUUUCGUGUUCUUCGCGAACUUCCACGUGGUUUUCACAUGUUUUCAUAUAUAAUAAUCGAUUGUCACAGUUCAUGUCCAAGGUAGAUACAUCGUUGUAAAUUUAAUAUAAGCUUAGUACAACUUUAAAAACUUUAUAGUUUUUUUAGGGCAUGUCUUUUUUAAAACUUAUUUUCUUUCAGCCAUCCAUAACAUGCUAAGCUUAUACAUGUAAUAUAUUAAAUGAACAGAAAAACACGAAAAUGAUAUGACUUAUAACGUGAGACGUGCCCAUUAAAAUGCAACAAAACCAAAAGCUUGAAUAAAAGCUAUGUAUUACUAUAACAAAAAAUGACUACAUUUUUGUAGAUUACGAGUAGCUGAUAUCAUCUUUGUAAUAUAGCUACACCAUUUUCUUGCUCAUGAACAUUAAAAAAGUCGAAGGACUGAAGAUGCGAUUUUCCAUUUUAUACAAAGUUAUCGUUAUAAAACAUGAAAAUUACUUGCAUACCUAACCAAAAUGUAUCUCCCCAAUGAAAGGGAGACUGUUCUCUUGCGUUUCUCUUCCUUUUCUCUAGCAUGUUAAUAAUAGGUGCUUGAUUUAUAAAAUUUUGUUUCUUUUUGAAUUAUUAAAUAGUAUGUGAAUGCAGACCACAUACUGAGAAUUUUUGCCAGUGCUCUUACUAUUAAUAUCAUAGUAUUAUCUUAGCUUCAGAAUUCAUGAACUCGAUAAAUAAAUAUGCUAAUCAAGUUUAAUAAAUCCGUAUCUUUCUAAUGCUAAAUUAAAGACCUUAAAAUUGGACAGAUACAUAAAAAAUACGAAAAUCAUUUUUAAGAUUCACAUAGAAGUAAAAAAAGUAUCUUAAUACAAUGAGCAUUAAAACAUACAAACUGCCGCCACAUGUAGUUAUUAUGUUCAGGUACCGUUUAAUUAGAUGUAUAAGGAUGUAUUGCCAGGAAACAUAUUAGUGCUACUUAACUGGAGUCACACAUGAGACAUUGCGCACAAAAGUUGCCUUGUAAUUUCAAUCAUAUUGCCCCAAAGUAGGGUCUUUAUCUUCGGUAUAUACCUGCAAGCAUUUCUACCGCCGGAAGAAAUUUCUUGUCUAAAAAAAUCUGCAGAGCAGAUUACCGUCCUAUACCUGCAUUCUUAAAAUGUACGCAUUCUAUCUUGUAGAACUUCGCAUCACGCAUCACACGUGACUUACUUAAGAUUACAACAACUUUAAACUCUAAAUGGCUGAUAUUUGGCUAAUCGUCAUCCAUAAAAAACUAAUACUUACGCAAUAAAUUUGUCUAAAUAAAAGACGGCAAAAUUAUCUCACAAGUCCUAAGUAUUAUUUAUGUUAGUCAAUUAAUUAGGAUUUCCAUUAAUAAAUCAACAGUCUACCUGUACGAGAUUUAAACUGAAGAAAACGUAUUUCAUAAGCGUACACUGUCUCUUUUUAAAUCUAAAAGAAUCACCAGUUUCGUAAAGGGUUUUUGAAAUAAAAUUUGACAAGUAUGUACUCGCGUUACUUUUGAAUUACGAAAUGAAACGGAUUCACUUAGACAUUCACACCUUUUUAUACUGUGGUUUGCAUUCAUGUAUUAUUUUUCCAAUUGUCAUAACUGAAGUAUAAAUGAUCUUGAGGUAGUAGCUCCUUACAUUUUAUUAUUUAAUUAAUUAAUUUGAAUAUAUUUGAAAAGAAUAGGAAAAAUGAAUGAAAACACUGUAAAUAUCGCGGAAUAUUAUAUCUCUCAUGUAUGUGCGAAUUGAUUUUUCUCAUUAAAUUUUUGAUGUAUAUAAUAAUAAGAAUGUAUAUAUCCGGGUCCAAUACAAUAAUAAGAUAAAUACUAAUUCAGUACUGUGUAUUUUGAUGUUACUUUACGCAGCGACUUUACUUUUUUCCAUUUAACUUAGUUUUGAAUGAUUCUCGCACACAACUAUAUCUUAAUAUUAAGGACUAUUUCUUUCUUUCUUACGAACAUGCACACAUAAACUGUACACAUAUAUUUAUUUGCUUCCCAUGCAAGGUAUAAGAAUAAUUACAUUUCUCCAAAUAUAAAAGAAACCAAUACAAAUAUGAACCUAUUUUACAUGUUAAAAAGACUACACCUUACGCAGUGGAUUACAGAAAAUGUCAUAGUUCUGACCAUGACGAACCGCAUGAAUAUUUAAUUAAUGGAAGCCUAAUACCAUAUAAACCAAUUUUAACUAACAUAAUUACAUAAAAUAUAUCUUAUCUGAAAUAAAUAACCCUAAAAAGCGCAAUGGAAGCUUUCAGUUUGAAAAGGCAGAGCUAUUUUGCUCUAUUCUUGUAUUUUCUACGAAAAAUGAAAUUAUUGUACACAUUGGAACAUAUGAUUAAGGAAUGUAGAAUUAUAUGCAAUGUAGUAUAUGAAAUGCAAAAACCAGGUCAUUAUUGAUAUGUAUGAUCAAAUGUAUUUUAGUGAAAUAAACACGAAACAUUGACUUCUAACACGCAAAUUAAAAAAAAAAAAAAAAUUGUGAAAUAAAACUGCAAAACAUUUUAUCAGGAAAAUGAAUUAAAUGAUUGCUAUCUUAUGAAAUUUUAGUCAAACAGAAACAAAUUAGAAACACUCUGAUUUAUGAUUACACCUUUUUUA